AAGUGUAGCUUCUGUUGUCACACUGGACGAAAAUGGCUGCUGCUGUGAGGUUGUUGUUUUCUUUUCUUUUUUCAAUGAACGCACUGAAGUAAUAUAUUGUUUUUAAGCAUUGGAGUUAAGAUCUACAAUAAGGGUUUGAAUGGUCGCUCUAUGGAGGUGAUGGUGUGGGGCUAAGGACAGCUGCAAGCGGUCACUCACCCAGCUACCGGUGGCAGACAACGAUGAAACAAGUUUUGGAAUAUGCAUUGGAUCGGGCUGAGUACAUUGUUGAAAGUGCUCGUCAACAGCCAGCCAAGAGGAGAGCGUUGUCCGGAGGGAGGAAGAGUCUAUAUCAGAAACUAUACGAGCUCUACAUCGAAGAGUGUGACAAAGAACCAGAGCUCAAGAAGCUGCGUAGGAAUGUCAACCUGCUGGAGAAGCUGGUGUCUCAGGAGUCAGUGUCUUGUCUGGUGGUCAACCUUUACCCCGGCAACCAGGGAUACUCCCUCAUGCUCCUCGGCAAGAAUGGAUCUGACUCUGAGACGAUCCGUCUGCCAUAUGAGGAAGGACAGCUGUUGGAGUACCUGGACGCCGAGGAGCUUCCUCCUAUCCUGGUGGAUCUCUUAGAGAAGUCCCAGGUGAACAUCUUCCACUGUGGCUGUGUGGUAGCUGAGGUCCGAGACUACAGACAGUCUGGCAACACUAAGAUGCCAUCCUUCCAGAGCAGACACGUCCUGCUACGACCCACCAUGCAGACACUGAUCUGUGAUGUCCAUGCAAUGACCAGUGACCACCACAAAUGGACACAGGAUGAUAAGUUCCAGUUGGAGAGCCAGUUACUGCUGGCCACAGCUGAUCCUCUGUGUCUGGAUCCAUCUAUCUCUGUCACCUGUACAGCCAACCACCUGCUCUAUAACAAGCAGAAGAUGAACACUCACUCUAUGAAACGUUGUUUUAAGCAUCACUCUCGGGCGGCACUGAACCGUCAGCAGGAGCUGUCCUACCUGCCCACGCCCCCCCAGCUGCGUCUCUAUGACUACCUGCAGAGGAGGAAGGAGAGGAAGCCGGCCCCCUCGAUAGACCUGAAGAUCUCCAAAGCCGGAAAAGUUGAGAUCACAAUUACCCUUACCCAAUUUACAAACACCUUUUUAGAAAUCCAAUCCCAACAACACACUGAGUUCAGACUGACCUCUCACCGUUCUGUCCCCUUCUCUCGUUUACAGUGUGUGGACAUGUGGAAACAGAGCCACUGCCAACUCUCUGUCCCCAAGGAGAUUGAUGUAGAGAAAUAUGCAGUGGUAGAGAAGUCAGUGAAGUUGCAGGAAUCUCAGCCCACUGUCUGGCCUGCAGAGGAAGUGAUAGAUGACUAUACGUUUGAGUGUGAGGUCGGAGGCCAGAGGACCAAGGUGUCCAUCUUCCAGUCGGUGGGCGACCCUCUGGUCUACGGAAAGAUCUACUGCGCUGAGGAAGACAGCAGCGACCUUCACCUCGUACACCCAGCGUUCCUAAUAGGCUCAAAGAGAGAUGCUGAUCGGUUUCUAUCCCAGUAUAAAGGUGUGUAUGAGCAGGACGUGAAGUGCCAGGUGAAAAUGUCUCGGAACUCAGGCAUCAUGGGACAGAACCAACUCUCAGCCAGUAGAGAGACAGAGGUGGAUGGUCUAUCAGCCUUGGUUCAGUCGUCAGGUGUGUUGGGGAAGGGGGUGAAGCACCGGCCUCCCCCCAUCAAAAUACCCUCCGGGUCGGGCAGCAGCUCCUCAGGUAACCUGUAUAGUUCAGCCCAGGCUACCAGUGGUCUCCUUAAGUGUCUUACGCCCCCCCCAGGAACAGGCCCCGGCUCAGCCAAGCCCCAGUCUCUGAGUAGGAAGCACUCUGUGGAGCUGGGGCAGGGGUUACAGCUGGGGGGGCAGUUAGGACAGGUGGGGUUGUUGUCCCCGGCAGCCCUAUCUCCCAUGGCGUCGACACAGAGAUCGGGGACCCCGAAGCCGUCCACCCCCACCAACACCCCUUGUUCCACCCCUCACCCCCCCGACUCCCUCCUUUCCCUCCCUCCCUCCGUCACCCCCACCCCUCCGGACCCCCAGGCCCUCCUGACCUCCCAGCAGCAGCUGUCCCUACCUGUAAUGACCAUCCCUCUACCCACCAUGAGAACCUCCAUCACAACAGGAACCAGCUCCUCUCAGGUCAUGGCUAACCCUGCUGGACUCAACUUCCUCAACGUGGUGGGAUCUGUCUGCAGUCCCCAGACUCUGAUGACUUCCAGUCAGAUGUUGGGUCCUGGUCUCAACCUGAGUGGUCUGGGAGGACUGAUGCCUACCACACCAGUUGCAAUUCUUGCACCACCAAAUGCAGCAGCAGCAAAUGGCUAUGGGGGAGACGGGCCCUCAGGGGGCGUCGCCACGGCUACAUACCGCCAGCCAACCAAUAAGUAAGACCAAGAGGAGCACACCGCAGCCCCUCCCCCAAUCAUGAUGACCCCCCCCAACCAAGAGGAGCACACCGCAGCCCCUCCCCAGCCAAGAGGAGCACACCGCAGCCCCUCCCCCAAUCAUGAUGCCCCCCCCCCCCCCAGCCAACCAAAGAGGAGCAUGCCACAGCCCCUCCCCAAAUCAUGAUUGAGAGAACUCAACCCCUAUACCUCUCUAUAGUGUACUCCUACCCCAGUCUCAUUGAGGAGACUAUAGGCAAAAAAUACUUUUCCUUUUUUUCCAUUCUGUAGCUGGGAGAUGAUGUAAUAAUAACUGUUCGGUUGGCGUGCCAACCACGUCCUGACAACCUAUUAUUUAGAAGAUGGUUCUUCCUACCAGCCUGCUGUCCUGUUACUUCCUCAUAUGACAUCACAGUGUCCUCUACAGGGCCGUUGAUUCAAACAGGGACUGGAUGGGCACAGGGACUGGAUAGACACAGGGACUGGAUAGACACAGGGACUGGAUGGGCACAGGGACUGGAUGGGCACAGGGACUGGAUGGGCACAGGGACUGGAUGGGCACAGGGACUGGAUGGGCACAGGGACUGCUCCUGGAUAGACACAGGGACUGGAUGGACACAGGGACUGGAUGGACACAGGGACUGGAUGGGCACAGGGACUGGAUAGACACAGGGACUGGAUAGACACAGGGACUGGAUUCAAACAGAGCUCCUGGAUGGACACAGGGACUGGAUAGACACAGGGACUGGAUAGACACAGGGACUGGAUAGACACAGGGACUGCUCCUGGAUAGACACAGGGACUGGAUGGGCACAGGGACUGGAUAGACACAGGGACUGCUCCUGGAUAGACACAGGGACUGGAUGGACACAGGGACUGGAUGGACACAGGGACUGGAUGGACACAGGGACUGGAUAGACACAGGGACUGCUCCUGGAUAGACACAGGGACUGCUCCUGGAUAGACACAGGGACUGCUCCUGGAUAGACACAGGGACUGCUCCUGGAUAGACACAGGGACUGCUCCUGGAUGGACACAGGGACUGGAUGGACACAGGGACUGGAUGGACACAGGGACUGGAUGGACACAGAGACUGGAUAGACACAGAGACUGGAUAGACACAGGGACUGGAUAGACACAGGGACUGGAUAGACACAGGGACUGGAUGGGCACAGGGACUGGAUAGACACAGGGACUGCUCCUGGAUAGACACAGGGACUGGAUAGACACAAGGACUGGAUAGACACAGGGACUGGAUGGGCACAGGGACUGGAUAGACACAGGGACUGCUCCUGGAUAGACACAGGGACUGGAUGGACACAGGGACUGCUCCUGGAUAGACACAGGGACUGCUCCUGGAUGGACACAGGGACUGGAUGGACACAGGGACUGGAUAGACACAGAGACUGGAUAGACACAGGGACUGGAUAGACACAGGGACUGGAUAGACACAGGGACUGCUCCUGGAUGGACAACAGCUCCUGGUUCUGUGUGUAUCUAAAAUGCCAUCCUAUCCCCUUACUUUUGACAAGGGCACUAUGUAUGGAAUUACGGUGGUAUUUUCAGACACCGAUGAUCUAACCGAUGAUCUAAUAAGAUUUUCCCAGCAUGCAAUGCGGAGUGCAAUUUUUUUAUAAUAAGGCAUUUCCUUGUGGGGGUGGAAGGGGGCGGGAUUAAGAAGAGUAUAUUCAUAUUAGAAAUCAUGUGACAUUUCUGGGACAGAAAUUAAAUGGUCUUUGUCAGCAGUUUUAUUGUGUAAUAAAGAAGAAACUAUGUAUAUAUUGACAGGAAAAUAUAACUUUUAAAGAAAAUAAAAAAGUGUGUUUA